CCCAUCCCAUGAGUCCAUGAGGUCUAUGACGCAUUUUAAGAUUUGUCUUCAACUAGUGUCCGUGAUUAAUUAAAUUUACUACGAGUUUUAUCAUCCUUGUAUCAUAAGCUCAUAACAACGUGACCAAAUAUUGUGAAAAAGUAUGGUGACUACUAGCUUUAUUAACAUAAGAAAAAAAACACUGUUAAGGAGAUGUAUAAUCUAUCACUAUGUUUUUAACUAACCCUUUUGAUCAAUACUGUUUAAUAUUCUAGAUGUCUUAGAACUUAACCUCUACAAGUCUCACUACGGAAUAUAUUGCUUACUAAGUUGGUAACCCUUAAAUGAUUAAACGGGAAACAUGAAAGAUCAAAACACCCAAAAAAGCUCCAUUUGCUUAGAGCAAACUCAUUAGUAAAAUAUCUCAAAUGGGGUUUUUAUCAAAAUAAUAUUAGUAUGUUAAUAUAAUUUAGCUAUUUCAAUAAUUUAACAUUUUAAUAAAUGUUAGACUAAUUAUAGACAAGCAUAUGAGAUUAGAGGUUCUUGGAGAGUUUUCAAAGUUUCUUGUUUGAGAUACUCAUUUUUCUGUCUCUCAUAUGUUUUGAAUUUUUUUCUUAUUUUUAUUUGUUAGAUGUUCAUUGAGUAUCUACAAUUGUAUAUGUUUUUAUAAAUUCAACACGUCAAGCCGUUUUCAAGGUUCUCUUUUUUAUGCAGAAUCUUUUUCAGUUUCAUAAGGAAUAAAAAUAAACAUUACUAAUACCUUCUCCUUAUAUGCGAAUCAAAAAAGACCUUGGUCGUUUUCUUUAUGACACUUGAUAAGAAUAAGGGAUUUGCAGGUAGUAAACACAUAUUUUUGGAUAUCUUUAAGUGAUUUUUGUUUAAUGUUUGCUUUUUGUUUUUGAUAUCUAUGAAAUCACAUAUUUUUUCAUUGAAUCUUAUUUUUUUUUGUGGCUAUCUAAUACAAAGUAGAACUUUAAAAUCAUUUCUACUUCUAAAACUCUCAUGUAACCUCGUCACUUGCUUUCUUAAAUUUUAUUUAUCUUGUAAUACAUUCUCAUAGCUGAAUUUAUUUUAAUCUCAGCAAAUAGCUUCUUUACUGAGCCCAACACAGUAGAUGAGACUGCUAAGUAGAUGCGGUUCUGACGGGGGACAAUGGAUUUCUAAAAAUCUUUCUUUAAGUGAGUUUUUGUUGUCAAUUGUGUCUGUUUUCAAUUAGAUAAUAUGUGUAUCAAGUGAUUAUUGACAAAUUGGUGAAACCAAAUCAACAAGUUGUCGAUUAUAGGGUUGUCUGGACUCACUGCCAAAGGUCUUGAAAAAGCUGAUAAUGUGGCAGAUAUUUAAGACAACUGAAGGUUUUGUUUUUGUUGGUCACCGUUUGAACAAUGAUGUAAUUUGUAAAAAUGUUUCAGUCAGUUUAUUUUCACCGGUUUCAAAGGUCUAAUGAAUCUUUUGAUCUUGAUCUUAGCAUUUAAUAUCACCGUACAUGAGUGAUAGACACUUCGCUUUAACUCAAGUAUGAAUAUGUAUCAUGCAAGCCUUGUUUGAAUUAUCUCUACAAGGUAAGUAUUUGUACAUGUUGGGUUUUGCUUUGUAUUUGAGAACUAGUGAUAUAUACACUAUUCUUUUUCAUGCAGUCAAUGUUGGAAUAUGAAAAGGAGAACGCGUCCAACAAUUGCCAUCAAAAGGCAGAAGCUGCAAUGAAGCUUGUGAUUAACUUACUCAAAAUUUAUUUGUUUUGUAAACUUAUUUGUUUAAAAUUGCAAUGUUUGCUUAAAAUUUACUCAUUUUGUAAACUUAUGUGUUUAACUUGCACUAAAAUCAAUUUGGAAUUUAUUUCUUUUGAUUUCCUCCGAUCAUUUCCAAAAAAAACAUAUGACCCAACAUACAUUGCUAGACCAUUGUGCGUUUAUAUGUAACAUUUAUUUAAUGCAUUGUAAUUUUAGUUGAAAAGUCUUGUAUUUUUUUUAAUUUCAGACUUUCGCUUUUCUACUAAGCCCAUCACAGUGUUGUCUAUGAUUUGCGACAGCAACAGCCGGGUGAGAGGCCUGAGCAGAGGCUAGUUCGGAUGACUUUGAGGCUUGGAAACUACAGCUUUGAGUACGUGCCGCUGUUUGACGAGUCAGAUUGGGCGCUGACGGAGAACUCUAGAGAAACACUACGGGAUUAGCCGCAUAUCACCAUCCUGGCAGCACUGAUAUGCUGUUAUAUGAACAGUUGAAGGCUUUGUUUCAGGUUGAUACCAUUAUGGUUGGUCACGGUUUGAGCACUGACAUAUAAGGUAAUGGUAAUUUUCAAAUUCAGUUUCUCUUUAUCAGUAGAAAAAUUUUGAUUAAUUUUUCGAUCUUGAUCUCAGGCUUAAAACUUCAUCAAGCAAGGGUUAUCGACACAUCACUUGUUUUCAAGUAUGAAACUGCAUCACACAAGCCUUGUCUGAAUGAUCUCUGCAGGGUAAGUAUUUGCACACUAUUAUUUUGUUUGGUUUUGCUGUUUUACUUGAGAACUAAUGAUACAUGAGAACUAAUGAUACACUAUUCUUCUUCUGCAGUCAAUAGGGGUAAAUGAACCCAACAACAAUUGCCUUGACAACAAUUGCCUUGAAAAGGCAAAGUCUGCAAAGUGGUUAAGAACGGGGCAAAUACAUACAUUCCUGAUCCUGCAAGCCUUGUUUGAAUUAUCUCUGCAAGGUAAGUAUUUGCAUACAUUGCAUCUUUUACAGAGCGAUCCUGAAACCAUUCCUCUGUGUUGUAGGUUCUCUCCCAACGGCAGAGCUCUCUGGAUGAUAGACCACAGAAAGAGCUUCAUUUUUGGUGAACAAACUUCAGACCAAACGUCUUUCACCCAGCUAAAAGCUACUGGCUCAGACGAAUUUGGAUUCGUAGCUGUCUGCAUCGUUGCAGAGAAAUAUCCUGAUCGGGUAGUGUACACUCCAGACUGUAAUGGUUGCCAAACAAAGGAGUCCUCAACUUUCGAGAGACUUGGUUGUAGCAUUUGAAUCUCCUUAACAAAUGAGGUAAGAAAGUUUCAAUCUUAUCUUGAUUCCAUUGCAUAUCCGACGUGAGUAGGUCUGAUACUGUAAGGUCCACUGCUGCUUCUGGUAUAGGUCCAAAAGGUUUCACCUGUGUGUUUAGCGAUAUCCACGAGUCUUUCCAGACUUUAGUAGUCUCACCAUUCCCUAUAGCCCUUCCUAGGUUUCCUUUUAAGAGGUCCCUCCCAUGUAGAACACUCCUCCACCCAUGUGAACACACCGCUGGGACUUGAGCCUCGAGAAAAGACUUAGAGUGACAAUACUUCCCUAGUAGUACUCGAGCUAGUAGACUGUCGGGUUUUGUAAGUAUACGCCAGGCUUGUUUAGCUAAUAGAGCUUGGUUGAAGGUCUGGAUGUUAAAGAUAAACCCUCUCCAUUCUAAUGUUGCUCUUUAAGUUCUUAAAGAUAAACCCUCUCCAUUCUAUCUUUAUCUGUUAUUGGUGACAAGAUGUAUGGCUAUAUGCUUGCAAGACCCGUGCAACGGUUCGAUCAUACUGUUAGGGUUAGUGAUCAGGAGAUUACUUAUGAAGAUCGAUCAUUUGAUCAAGUGUUAGGUUAUUUAAGGACAUUACAUCUUAGAGGUACUAGUCUUAAUGUUUCAAUAAAUUUGUAGCAUGUGAUUCAGCAGAUUCGGUCUUCUUAGCUAUAGCUUUCACCUUUCAGUAUUGUUUCUUGCAAAAUCCCACUUGUAGAAGAGGUUUAUUGUUAAGUACGGUAGAGCUUCCAUCAUUCCAAAAAUGUAGGAGAAGUAGAUGAUGAUGAUGAUCUUAAUAGCUCGUAGGAGCUUAUCUGUUUGAGCAGUACUCUGCUAACCCCUAGCCUUAUUCCACAAGUAAUUUUAUUAUUGCACAUAAGACAAUGUGCAAUAAUCAAAUUAUUUUCUGCAUGAUAAUAAUGCACAAUAUCAAUAUGACUCUUAAAUAAUUUAAUAAACUUGUUUGUUGAACACUUUUGUUGAAAAGUAUUAUGUCUCCAUACUAAUAAGUCCAACAUAAACUUUUGACGAAAAAGUCCAAUAACACCAUUCGUCCGGAGACAGUACUGUCGAAUAUAUUUUCUUUCAAAUGAUGAUCUUAUGGAAAACAUGAAAGUCCACUUAUUUUAUGAUAGAGAUUAGAGAAGUUAACUUAACGUAAGAUUAAAGCCCAGGGUGCGUGUGUGAGAGAGAGGUAUGGUUACGGUUAAUUUACUUUGAUUCUUGUUGGUACAUUAUAUCAUUUCUACAGAGUUUAGAGAGCGAUCCAAAUAUGUGUUAAUAAUCUCACAAUUUUAAAUUAAAAAAAUAAAUAAAUAAAGUCGUUCUAACAUAUAACUACAAAAUUUAAUAAUUUGUUUUAAGACAUAUAUAAAGGCCACAAAAUUUCAUAAAAAAAUUAAAAAUAUAUAACAUUACUUUGAGUUUAAAAUGGCAACAGCGAUUCAACAUUAUCUUUAUCUUUGAUAGUUUAGUUAAAUACGUUACCACGCAAGGUUAUGAUAUCGCGAUGUAUUAUUAGUCAACAUUAGAGAAAAUGUUAUAAACUAUGCAGAAAAUAUCAAAGCACAAUGCAUAGACUUUUCUUAGAUCUUUUGUCGUCAAGUUCUUAUUAAUUAUAGCAAUACAUUGUCAACAAAAUAUUCUUUCAAGAUCAAAUCAAAUUAAUUAUUCAAGAUAUUUCUGUUAAAUCGGACCCAUUUAGUUAGUCGCAAGAUGUGUCAGGAUUGUAUAGUUUGUGGUGGUGUGGACUGUGGAUAUAGAAAUUUCAUUUAACUAUUGUUGGACCAUAGUAAGCUACUAUUCUAAAGUAUCUUUUAAUUGGUUGUAUAAAAUCCUAUUUAUAAGUAUGCAUUAUUGAUUACAAAUGUUUUAUGUUCAUCAACACUUGCGCUUAGUACUACUAUCGUAUGUAGUAGUGUAUGUAAUCUGAUGUACGUGUAAGCUUCCCAAAUCAGAUUUUUUGGGUUUUAUCUUAUUUUAUUUCUUUUGGGAAAAAAUUUAUGAAAAACUACAAGAAAAGAUGGAAGAAAUAACUUCAAUCAUAUUAUGUAAACAUGAUAUUAAUUUUUCAAAAUUUUACGCAAAACAUAUUUGGCUUUUCGUAGGACUCAAAGUCUAAAAUCCAAAUAGCCACUUCUUUUUCCCAUUAAAUAAUCAAAAAUUCAAACUUCUGAAAACUAAUGAAAAUAGACCCAUGACGUUUUACACAGUACUCUCCACAGUUGACCUUGAAUCUGUGAAUCCAGCCCCAAAAUGAGUUUGGUUACACAUUGACAUCAAGACAUUCACGAGGAUAAAAACAAAAAGCAGCUAUUAAAAAAUAGUUCUUAUCCAAUUAUAGCAGACUCGUGUUCUACCCAUAUCUUUUCAUUAAAUUUACAAAAUAUCUUAGGUAGCCAAACUUCUACGUUUUAACUACGACCAAUAAGCCAGCUUGGUUAUAGAUAUGUUCUUAUCCAAAAUCAAAAGUUAACUAGUAUUAAGGCAACUGAUCAACGUUUGGAUACAUCAGACUUCCAAAUUUAGAGUCACGUCCAGCUGUUAUUACACAUGUACUUAAUUAGGGUCUGUAAUUAGAAUCAUUGAUCGGGUCUUCGAGUACCAGUACUCUUGUCACAAACAAACUUCUACAAAUAGAUAAAAAUAUAAGAAGAUAUGGAUGACUCUUGUCCAUUGGAUUCAAAAAUAACUAAAUCCUCUCUUUUCAAACUUGUGGCUUUCACGAGUACAGUCUUGUCUGUGUUGUCAUCUAUUAUUUUCUAUAUAUAAUCAACGAAUCUUCUUUGGUGGUGAGAGAAAACUUAAGAAGCAAACACAUAUCUAACUUUCAGACAAAAGCUUACAACUGGGAGAGACAUUAGUUAACGUUUGUAUACUCUAUAGUUUUCUAAUUACGUGCUGGUGAAUUAAUCAUGGACGAUCAAAUCUCCAACGAGAAUGCGGCCGAGAAGCCGACCGAGGAGCACACCGGAGUUAAUAGAUACGCGCUUCAAUGUGCUAUUGUCGCCUCCAUCGUCUCCAUCAUCUUUGGUUACGAUACUGGCGUUAUGAGUGGAGCGAUGGUGUUUAUAGAAGAAGAGUUAAAGACAAACGAAGUUCAAAUCGAAGUUCUCACCGGAAUUCUCAACCUCUGUGCCCUCGUCGGAUCAUUGCUCGCCGGGAGAACGUCGGACAUAAUCGGACGACGUUACACAAUCGUCUUGGCCUCAAUACUCUUCAUGUUGGGCUCAAUACUAAUGGGUUGGGGCCCAAGUUACCCUGUUCUCCUCACCGGUAGAUGCAUCGCCGGGCUCGGAGUCGGUUUCGCCCUAAUGGUCGCACCGGUUUACUCGGCAGAGAUAGCAACGGCUUCACAUAGAGGACUCUUAGCUUCUCUACCUCAUCUUUGUAUCAGUAUAGGGAUUUUAAUCGGUUACUUAGUGAAUUACUUCUUCUCCAAGCUACCUAUGCAUAUCGGUUGGAGACUGAUGCUCGGCAUAGCUGCGAUCCCGUCGCUAGUUCUAGCCUUCGGGAUCUUGAAAAUGCCUGAAUCUCCACGGUGGCUGAUUCUGCAAGGACGUCUCGGAGAGGGCAAAAGGAUACUGGACUUGGUGUCGAACUCGCCUGAAGAGGCGGAGCUUAGGUUUCAAGACAUCAAAACCGCCGCGGGAAUAGACCCGAAGUGCAAAGAUGAGGUGGUGAAGAUGGAGAACAAGAAGACUCACGGAGAAGGGGUUUGGAAAGAGCUUAUCCUAAGACCAACACCUGCGGUGAGACGAGUUCUUUUGACUGCGUUAGGGAUUCAUUUCUUCCAACACGCAACUGGUAUCGAAGCCGUGUUGCUAUACGGUCCGAAGAUCUUCAAAAGAGCAGGGAUCACAACUAAAGACAAGCUUUUCUUGGUUACAAUCGGUGUCGGGAUCAUGAAAACGACGUUUAUUUUCACAGCGACUUUCUUGCUCGACAAGGUAGGUCGGAGGAAGCUUUUGUUGACCAGCGUUGGAGGAAUGAUUGGUGCGUUGACAAUGCUAGGGUUUGGGCUUACGAUGGCCCAAAAUUCUGGCGGGAAACUGGUUUGGGCUUUGGUGCUGAGUAUAGUUUCGGCUUAUAGCUUCGUAGCGUUUUUCUCUAUUGGGCUCGGCCCAAUAACUUGGGUGUACAGCUCUGAGGUCUUUCCGUUGAAGCUUAGAGCUCAAGGAGCGAGUCUCGGCGUUGCGGUGAACAGAGUCAUGAACGCCACCGUGUCGAUGUCGUUUUUGUCGUUAUCCAAGGCGAUUACGACCGGCGGAGCUUUCUUUAUGUUCGCCGGAAUCGCGGCGGUGGCGUGGAACUUCUUCUUCUUCCUGAUGCCGGAGACUAAAGGAAAGUCGCUUGAAGAGAUCGAAGCGCUUUUCCAAAGAGACGGUGAUCAUAAAGUACGCGGUGAAAACGACACAGCUUAGUGUUUUUUUUUUUAUUUUUACGACUGCGUUUUAGCGUGUUUUCUUUAUACGACACCGUUUGGAUGUUUAAUUUUAUGUGGCUUUUAUCAAAUUAUAUAUAAACCAACGGUCAUGAUCGAGUUA